CGAAUGCCGCUGCGCCACUGUGACAAGCGCCUAAAAUAGCGCGAGGCCAAGGGCGCCUGCAGCGGAACUGGGGGAGCGCGAGGCUCCAACGCUGCUUGCUCCGCCCCAGGGAGCCGGUUGCCGCUACUCCAGGCGGGUUCGCCAACUGCUGCUCCCCCCUAGGGGAGGCUGGCGGCAGGCGCAGGCAGAGCUGGAGCUGGGGGACAGCGGGAGCGGGGGCUCGGCCCCGCACGGAGGGGCUGGGUGGGUGAACGCCCGGGGGCGCUGCCUGCCAGAUUGGCCGCUCUCUGCUGGGUGGGUCUGCGCCGCUCGCGUGAAGCUCCCGUGCGUGGCGGGAGGCUGCGCUACAGUCUCCUGGAGCCGAGGCUGAAAGCGACUCCUGGGAGCUGUCCGAGCUCCUCUGGGUGUUCGCCGUUCCGGGCCGGGCCCCCGUCGUGUUCUCCCCACGCUGCCCCUGCAGGGCGGCUCUGCGCAUGGAGGCCUGCAAGCCUGGGGGCCUACUUGCCGGAGGAGUUAACAGUCCCGUUCAUUCCCAGAGCUGUGAAACUCGGAAGAGCAAGUCACACCGCGCGGGCGUGGGAGAACAGUGAUGUGGAAACAUCAUUGGAAGGAGAAAAGGCGUGGCUGGGACUUUGUUGUGUCCUGGGAGUGAAAUGGUGUAUAGCAGCUGCUGCAUCCAGCGUCCGUGUCUGAGCAGAUAUUAGAGCUGUUCAAACUUUGACCAGAAGCCAAAAUGGCCCCAGCAGCCCCAGUGGUAGAAAAGGUGCAAGACCCAGCCCCUUCACUAGACUCAGUACCAGUACAAGGAUAGAUUUUUCUCCCUAGGACCCAGUCCAUCAGGCCUUUUUCAUAUGCCCAAAGUUUGUGCCAUUUUUGGAGGAUCCCGAGGAAUUGGAAAAGCUGUUGCACAACUGCUGGCAUGGAAAGGAUACCGCUUGGCUAUUAUUGCUAGAAAUCUGGAAGUAGCUCAAACUACUGUGAAUCACCUUGGGGCAGGUCAUAUGGCACUUAGCUGUGAUGUAGCCAUGGAACAAGAUGUCCAAAAUACACUUGAGGAGGUGGAGAAGAAUUUAGGUCAUGUUAAUUACUUGGUUAAUGCUGCUGGAGUCAACAGGGAUGGCUUGUUGCUGAGAACCACAUCUGAAGAUAUGGUAUCCCAAAUUAACACUAACCUUCUGGGGACAAUGUUGACAUGCAAAGCUGCUGUAAGGCGUAUGCUUCAACAGCAAGGAGGUGCUAUUGUUAACAUAGGAAGUAUUGUUGGACUCAAGGGCAAUUCUGGUCAGAGUGUGUACAGUGCCAGCAAAGCAGGGUUAGUUGGAUUUUCACGCUCUCUUGCUAAAGAAGUAGCAAGAAAGAAAAUUCGAGUCAACAUGGUUGCUCCAGGCUUUGUUCACACAGAGAUGACUGCACAUUUGAAAGAAGAUCAGUUGAAGAAAACUAUUCCUCUUGGAAGAUUUGGAGAGCCUGAUGAAGUUGCACAAGCUGUUGUCUUUCUUCUGGAGUCUCCCUAUAUUACAGGGCAUAUUCUAGUUGUAGAUGGAGGCUUGCAGCUUCUAAUUUAAAUGCUGCAACAGUACUUAUAAAAUGACCUGAAUGGAGGAAAAAAUAAACUUGGCUGAUGAAGAUUCUGAGGUGUGUAAUCAAGAUGAUGCUUUCAUGAGUGAACACUUUUUAAUCAAAACAGUAAAAUAAUAAUGUAUAAGUUAAAUAGUAAACUCUAGAAUGUAAGGUUGUAAUGUAAUAUGUACAUUGGUCAGUUAACUAAAGCCUGCAUAUAGGAUGCCAAAUGAGGAAAUGCAUGGUGGAUGCAUCAUAGAACUUUUUUUCAUAACUUCUCUGAAGAGGUGGGGAAAUGGUAAUGAUACUGAAUCACACAUUAAAAUUAAAUACAUUUUUUCUGAA